GUAGGCUGCCUCUUCGUUGUUACAACUUAUCUGGUAAGCGAGCUGAAAAUAGCAGAGGAUGAAAAGGUUGAACGUGAAAAAAAAGCUGCUGAACGUAGAGUGAAUCGUUGGAUGGUUGCGGCCAGAGUGGCAACGGCGGAGAAACGAGCGGUAGAGGCGGAGAAACGAGCAGUAAAGGCGGAGAAACGAGGUGCAGCGGCGCUGACCGGAGCAGCAGUUGCGGAGGCAUCUGGGGUAUCAACAGAAAAGGCAGUGGCGGAGGCAUCUGAGGUAUUAGCGGAGAAAGCAGUGGCGGAGGCAUCUGAAGCUGCGGAGAGGGCAGGGGCGGAGAAGGCUGUGGCAGUAGCCGAGGUAGAGAUGACUGGCGGAGGAGAAACAGGCGGCAGAGGAAGCACCGGAGGUGGAGGAAGCACCGAAGGAUGAGACACCGGCAGCGGAGGAGACAUCGUCGGCUGCGGCGGCCGGCGGGGUAGAAGGGUCAAUGAAAAGGUAAUUUAGGU